GCCCGGGCACGGGCCAUACAGGUGACGCAUCCCCCGCCCCCCCCAAAAAAAACCCAACUCACGCGGUGCCUGCCACGCCUGUACCGGUAGUUUAACCUGCCAAUCAAAAUUAAUCUUCAUAUCUGAAUCAUAUCUUGUGAUUGGUAGCCGGGUCCCGCUUCUGGAUAGGUAUGAUGGUAAGAUUUAGGGAAAUCGCGCGAGUGCUGUGAGAAUGUUGUCGAUAAUGUAUUGCACUGGGGUGCUAUGGAACGUCUUGCGGUCGACCCAGCCCCCUUCUUUUUUUCUUUUUUCCUCCUCCUGAACUUGCAUAUAGGUUGCGUUUUUAUUUCUUCUCAGAAACCCCCUAAAGUUUGAUAUCUGUUGGUGGGGACUGGGGGUUUGUUAGCGGAGAGGUUCCGAAAGGCCCCAUGGCGGGGUUUGUGUUGAUCGGGUGUCUAUCAAGUGGUUGGCUUGUGCCUGUCUGUCCCUUUGGCCUGUUCUAGGAGCGAAUAAUCGGCGGAGGUGAUGUGGGUAGGUAGGUGGCGAGUGUGUGACCUAUAGUUUGGGUGCUGUCGGACUUGAAUAGUGGAGGGUUGCGUUGUAUAUAGUAGUGGGUAGUUCCGCCUGUUGGCCCAGGGGUGGUCGGUCAAUUGGAGGUUAGGGGUGGGGGAGGGGUGCGCCUGUUGUGGGUGUCAAUGAUCGCCUUUUCCUGCCGGCUGGUGUUCUAGGGACUGGGGAUGUUUCCGUGACUUUACUCGCUCUAUGCAAGAAGUAUGAGAGAACGGGGGUCCGCGAAAUGUGUGGCAAAUAAAUCCGUAGGUAUCCGAGCGCCGGGACUAGCUCGCGAUUCGUAUUUUGGAUAUUGCUUGCCUGGAACGAGAAGACGGAGUAGGAGGGGACUUAGGGAAUUGGUGUUAUGCUGAGUGUGCUUAUGGGACUUGGGAGUGUGACUUUAGAGUUUUGGCGUGGUCUUUGGAGUUGGUUUGUGAGAAGUUUCGUUACUCCGGGCCAAAUUGUUCAAUUCAGCAGUCCUAGGAGCACGUGUUGUGUGUUUUGCGUUUGCCCGUCCUGGCUGGAAUCCAGAUGUAUUUUGGCGGCGGUUUGAUGUGACUCAAAAGGUUGCAUCGGUGUUCUCGCGGAGUGGUUAUUGCCUCGAUGCCUUGGGGCUAUGUCCCGCUGGAUAUUACUCUCAAGGGUAUGGUCAUUUGGGGGUAGCAAAUGCUGCAGCCACAAAUAAUAGAGAAGCGUGAAGACCUCAGGAUAUCCUAAUGUCCGAACGCGGCCAGGGUGGCUGGUAAGCGGGACCAUGGUUCCCUAUCGUAGAAUAAGAGUUACUACUUCGUUCAAUCCGGUAUCACACCACGAAAGACUUUCCGAGUAAGAACCCCAAUAGUAGUGAUCUUUGAGCUGGUCGAAUUGAAGUGUGUCGGGGCAAAUGAUUCGCAAACUGGCUCAAUUUGUUCCACAGGUGGCCCGGAUGGUGCCUUUGCAGACUCUCAGAGGGAGCCAUUGGUGAGACUGGUUUUGGUGGGCGCUUUUCGUGUCGGCAAACCGGGUUUCCAUGUUUUUUUUUCUUUUUCGGAGGAUACGGUUUGUAUGGGGGUGAACUCUGUUAUUGGAGGAGUGAUACCGCAUGCAUUAGGACGCUCCCGUACCCCAACGAUAUAUGCCUGUGAGCUGCACAAGGCAUCCAACAAAGUGAUUUAGUUAUUCUCCAUAUCAUGCUUGCACCGCGCUCUUGUUGCGUUGGCCCUUACCGGUAUGAUCCCCGGAAUAGGAACUUUGGCUUAGGGAAUGUUGGCCACAAUAUGUUAUCAAGGUUUAAUCUUCUCGAGUAUUAGCUAUUCCAAGGGGCUUUCCUCUUGGGAUCCAAUCUGUCGGCUGACCAUAUGUUUUUCCGGAGCGAGCAGCUGAUAUAUAAGUCAGGGUACUUGAUGGCUUUUGUAGGCCCAAUGCUGUGGCUGAGAAUUUCGCGGGGUCGAUGGUACACGGCAAUUGAAGAACCGUAUAUCAAGGGGUUGAAACUUGUAAACUUUAUCUAUGGGUUGAAUUAAAAGUGGCUUGAGACCCUCUGCACUUUGGGGUCUUGUUGGAAAGGGACCGGGUUCAUUAUGACCAUUGGUAUCUCAGCUAGUCCAGCGAAUUGACACCUUCGUUCGGCUUGAGGUUAAACAUUCCGACUGGUCAUAUCAAGCGAUCGAGCGCUUGCGUCGUUUAGACUAAACGCCAACUCUGUUGCACAAGUGGUCUAGCAGCUCCCUCAGGUUCCGGCCACUUGAAUCUAGUGGCACGAGUGCAUCGACCAACAAAGCCAAUAUACUUUACUCGUAGCAACGCGAUUUACCCGGUCUUGGCACUCCCGGGGUGGUGAUCUCGUCCUGCCCCAGCGCGAAAGCCACCCGUGCUCGGGCGUUUCGAGCGAAUCCUAACCGCCUCGAGUACAAGUAUCACGACCCGCUGAUUAUUGCUGGGUUACCUCAGGGGGCGAGCUGAGACUUGGGGUUUUUGUUGAAAUGCUGAGCCACUUAUGUUGAAACGCGCUGAAGCUUGCGUGUGCUCGAUUUGAUGGGUUAUAAGCAGAGAGCAAUCCCCUCAAUCAGGUGGUUCGGGGUUUGUUCUGGUGUUCGAUCUUUCUUCUUCCCUUUCUCUUUCUAAUCUCGAAUUCCCGGGAUGCUGCGAUCGAUCUCUAAAGUCCGCCGGUCCCUAGUGUACGAUAACCUCUCAGGAGGUUCGUAUCGUACUUGUACGGCAGGUGCCGGUACUUCGCCCGGGUCCGUGUUUGCCUGGGUUGAGCUUUUAGUACGGCAUCAUGCCCGGGGGAAGGAAUCGGGGGGGGGGAGAAGGAAAUGGAUCAGUCUUACAGCGCACGAUACGAUAGGGCGGGCUCCGAUGAGAGGGAAGAAGCCUCGGGGAUGGACCAGACAGCUGCUGAGUUGAUGUCUCUAACAAAGCGCCAAGUUCUAGACACUAGUGAGUUCAUACAGACCCAGACUCCGCCUCUUCCCGCGGAAUAAACACCCUCUUUUCAGUUGUACCUGCUACCCCGAAUAACGAGCCUUAGACUUGUCAUGGCUAUGACCGAGCACGGCAAAGUUCCCUCUUUCCGGAGCAUACCUUAGUUGUGUGUACAGUACCAUAGCGUGAAAAGAGGGAAAAAAAGAACUAUGCCUUAAUCACGAUUCAGUAUUGAAAAAACAAAAGAAAGGUUCAAGCUGACUAUCGGCCAGUUGUUCGCUUUCCGGACCGUUUUUUCCCACUAAAGGCGAGCGUACGCGUGCGAUACUAUACCUCAGCUACAGUUUGGUGAAGCUGGAAUGUGGCUCCGGGGCUUUAAUGUGCAAGGCGCACCUCUCGGCCCAUCACCAAGUUUUGUUAGUUUUGCGACCUGAGCAUCUCUUCAUUAACUUAUUCACGCUCGGUUGUUAACGAUGCAACAUGCAACGAUGUCGCUUGCGCGCACACGGACUAACGCAUGACUCGGAGACUGGCGCAAGGGGGACUGCCCGGUUCAUCUCCCUCUAAUUGAAAUGAAAGGAAAUGAUGAUUCAGAAUUUAAUUCUGCGCACGUCGCUGUGCUCUUAGAAUUUCGCGAUAUUCUAACGAUCAUUUUCCAUCAAAACCACGUUUGGUCGGCCGCGAAAUUGGAAAAGCAUUUCGAAUCCCGGGGGUUACUUCAUACCGGAACGUUACCAUGCUCUUCCUCUGAAACGCCAAGUGAUGAGAGGGGGCUUAGGCACCAAAACAUACUCGAGUAAAAGGGUGCUUUUGAGCCUCACAACAGAACCCACCGACCCACCGGAUCUCUCACUCCAAUGUCAGCUGGCGAGACUUCUUUCCGAGUGCCCUUGUAAGCUCCAUUAUAACUUCUGGUAUAUCUGAGAUGCUGGUUAGGGAGGGCAAAAUUGACUUUAAUUUUCAUUUUUACAGGUUCAUGACGUCUGAUGGACCCAUUGAGGGAGGGGUGAUGGGGUGGUGGUGGGGUAUCAUAACUUGGAUUUUGUGCCUCACCUUGUGUGAGGGCAGCGCACCUUCUAGGCCUGGGGCUUGUUCUAUGGGAGGGAUUCUGGGCGCCGGGUGGAAGCUGACACUUUUGUUGUCUCCCUUGCUGCUUGCUUGCUGCAGGUACCAGUCGUUGAGGGAAAAAAAAAAAAGUACGGUGCAAUGGGGCGGAGACGAGUGUUUAGGGCCACGCUGUGUCAGUGUGUGGUCUCGAUCACAGUGGAGAUGCUAGGCAACAGAAGUCAUUCUGUACCUGCGCUGCGACAGGCCUUGAUCUUCCUGUGAACAUUAAGCGUCCCCCCUCCCACUGGACUGGCUGCGCCAGCCAACCCCAAUCACGAUUCAGAUAUGAGACCUGAGGGGAGUGCUUUUCUGUGACUUAUCGUGUUAUCUAACCUUACCACUGCCUGCGAACCCACGGCGGUCAUUUUGCCGUAAUAUGAAUGUUGGUUUCGCACCGCACUCAGUAUCAUCGCGCACUUAAUUGUGGGAGAUGAGAGAUUAUGGCAGUGUAUCAGCAUUGGUGUUCUGGGGUCUGCCAAAUGCAGCCUUACGGUCCUCCUAUGCCCUGGAUUUUGUUCACACGCCUGGAAAGGUUUAAAAAUGGGACGUUAUCUCCUUCCACUCCACUCUUCCAAACUCAUCCAAGAGCAGACAGUCCACUACAGUCCCCUAGAACGAUCACUACCCCCAAAGCUACAUAUACCACCCAAGCCCCCCCUCUAUCUCGAAAGCAUCCGACCCCACCAUACUCUUCCCCCUUACAUCGCUUUCCACGGCCUCACAAACCAUCUUUUCCCUUCCUUCCUAUUAUAAACAUGCCAGAUUGGUUCUGCGUGAGUCAUUCUUUACUCUGCUUUACUUAUUGGAAUUAUCUACUCAUACAUUUUAUAGAGGUACUGUGGGUUUGGUCCCCACAAUGUUGAGCUCCACGUCGCCUGCAUCAUGUGCGGCAAGCCCAUGGAUAGCGACGAGCGCAAGCCUGCACAACCUAGCGGGCUUUGUGACCUCCGCAAUGGCCAAAGCAUGGGCUCUGCAUACGCUCCUCUUGCUAGGGAUGACACCGCCGCGAGGAGUCCUUCUACCUAGGAGGGAAUCUCGACUUGACGCAUAUAUGGAGGAUCAGAUGAAGGGCCCCGAAUCGUAGACAAAUGGCCACCGAAAAACAUCGAUAUCUCUUAGUGUGAGACGCUAGACAAAUUCAUUAGACGGAGUUAAACAACUUCUUGGCGCUACUAGAGGAGCUUUCUUUCUUAAACUCAUUUGGCCCUUUUUUUUUUCGUAGCCGGCGGGGGUACCAAAAGCUAUAUUUUGCUUUGGCGCUGUGGUGGUUGGUGGUGGCCUUUUCUUUUUCUGGUGUUUCCUUUCCAAAGACUUGUACUUCUACAUCUUAUACAACUCCCGGUAUCAGAGUAAUCGGGGUACCCUGCGGCUUUUACUUUCUUUUUGCAUCUGCGAUUGUUCUUUCAUUCGUUUUUGUAUCUGUACCACCUCUAGCGGCUUUCUUUAAUACGGUUGGACGGUUAUAACUCGCAAUAAUUAAUCACUAUCGUGCGCUUGAUCACGGGAGGCGUCUCUCAUCAUGAGUAUUUUGGGGUUGAAAUAAUGGUGGCUGGAGCCCGAAAGGACUGUUUGCGGAUUGCUUGUGUGAGUAAUUUAUGGAUACAUAUCUCUGCUCCGCACCGCUGCCCUGCAUUUCU